AUGGUGGCAAAAACUCCUGCAAUAACUCCCAAGAGGAGGAGAAUGGCAAACGUGUUGGACGCUGUCAUGGAGACAGCAAGGGCAUUAACUCCUACCCCUGUGAAGAAGGUUGUCGAGGCUGCUACAACCUGUGCUAAAACUGAAGCUGGGCCCUCAGUGCCUACUGAGGCAGAGCCUGCUAAAACUGAGCAGAGAGCUGAGCAAGAAUCUUCAGAUGCUGGCAUGAUUCUAGAAAAGAAAAGUCGUCAGAAGAGUUAUGCUGAUGUGAGGAGGCGGGAUCUGGAAUUUGCUGUGGGUGACCAAGUCCUUCUCAGGGUAUCACCCACUAAGGGAGUUGUUCGGUUCGGUGUCUCUGGGAAGCUCAGCCCAAGAUACAUUGGACCGUUCACUAUCUUGGCCCGAGUGGGCAGCCUGGCUUAUCGCUUGCUGCUGCCGGAUUCCAUGGCAGGGGUACACCCGGUUUUUCAUGUCUCUAUGUUGAGAAAGUUCUUGCGGGAUCCGGACCAUCAGAUUGAGAUGGAACCAAUUGCGGUGCAGCAGGAUCUGACUCUGGAGUGCCGUCCGGUGCGUAUAUUGGAAUUCUCGGAGCGUGUGUUGAGGAAGAGAUCAAUUAAGUAUGUCAAGGUCUUAUGGUCUAAUCAGUCAGAGCGCGAGGCUACGUGGGAACUUGAGGAGUUGAUGCGGCAGAAGUACCCGGAA